AUGGCAGACACCUGUUUUUCUGGGCCCUGUGUUCCCACAUCCUCAGCCAUCUCCGUCUGCUCCAGUGAUGUGAGCUGCAGCAGCAAUGUCUGUCUGCCCAGUUCUGACCCAGGCUCCUCCUGGCAACUGGACGACUGCCCGGAGACCUGUUGUGAGCCCAGCAGCUGCGGCCCAUGCUGCACACCAGCCUCCUGUGUGACCCUGGUGUGCCGUCCAGUCUGCUGCGUGCCUGCCACCUGCCAGCCAGCCUGUGAACCCAGCACCUGCCAGUCUGUCUGCACCGCCUCCUGCUCUCCAUCAUGCUCCCAGCAGUCCUGCUGCCAAGGCCCUAGCUGUGCUGCCCCUCCCUGUGCAGCGCAGUCCUGCUCCUCUGUUCCACUCUGCUGCAAGCCCAGCUGCUACAUCACCCUGCCUGUAUGCUGCAAGCCGAGCUGCUGUGUGACCACAGCCUGUUGUCCAGACUCCUCCUGCUGCCAACCGAGCUGCUGCCGCCCUGCCUCCUAUGUGUCCCUCAUCUGCAGGCCUCUGUGCAGCCCAGACACCUGCUCUGUGCCUCUCUCCUGCAGACCCUCCUGUUGCACCGCCACUUCCUCCUCCUCUUGCUGUCUAGCCCCCACCUGCUGCCGUCCUUCCUCCUCUGUGUCCCUCAUCUGCAGGCCUGUGUGCAGCCCAGCCACCUGCUGUGUGCCUCUCUCCUGUAGACCCUCCUGCUGUACCACCACAUCCUCCUCCUCUUGCUGCUGUGCACCCUCCUGCUGUCCAGCCCCCACCUACUGCCGCCCUUCCUCCUCUGUGUCCCUUCUCUGCCAGCCCACCUGCUGCAAACCCACCUGCUGCACUACCAGCUGUGGGCAAAAACCUUGCUGUUGA